AUGCAAACCAUGCAAUCAAGGGUUGUGCCAUUAGAGGAAGGCAAGGACCCCGGAGUUACUAGCAGGACAAACCAAACCAAGGCAUUGCCGAUAAGGCUACUUCAGUUAUUUAUGCUGUUUCUGCUUUUCUGUAUUACUUUCUCAGUCAUUAGCAUAUUGACGAUUCGUCAUUUUGGAAUUAAUGGGGUGAUGACGACGGUCACAUCCUCUUUCCAGCCAUGCUAUGAGGAACCGAGUGGUUUGGACCGGUGGAUUAAGCCGCCAUCAAAUCUUCAACACACUAUGACUGAUAAGGAAUUAUUGUGGAGGGCUUCUCUUAUGCCUAGAAUAAAGAAGUAUCCUUUUGAGAGAGUUCCAAAGAUUGCAUUUAUGUUCUUGACCAGGGGGCCGUUGCCGCUGGCACCCCUUUGGGAGAGGUUUCUGAAGGGACAUGAAGGACGUUAUUCAAUCUACGUUCAUUCACUGCCGUCAUUUCAACCUCAUUUUCACACUUCGUCCGUUUUUUAUGGGAGACACAUUCCCAGCCAGGUUUCUGAGUGGGGAAGAAUGAGUAUGUGUGAUGCUGAGAGAAGGCUCCUUGCUAAUGCAUUGCUUGACAUAUCCAAUGAAUGGUUCAUUCUUGUUUCCGAAUCUUGCAUUCCGCUCUAUAACUUCAGUGUCAUUUACCACUACUUAAUGAAAUCCAAGUACAGCUUCAUCGGUGCAUUUGAUGACCCUGGGCCAUUCGGGAGAGGACGCUAUAAUAAUAACAUGGCACCUGAAGUGAAUAUAACCCAGUGGCGCAAGGGCUCCCAAUGGUUUGAAGUUAACCGGAAGCUUGCCAUCAGCAUUGUUGAAGAUACAACAUUUUACUCAAAAUUUGAAAAGUUCUGUAGACCCGCAUGUUACGUUGAUGAGCACUAUUUCCCCACCAUGCUAACCAUUCAAGCAGGGAAUUCCUUAGCAAACAGAAGCAUCACGUGGGUGGAUUGGUCAAGGGGCGGACCUCACCCAGCUACCUUUGGAAGAGCUGAUAUCACUGAGGAAUUCUUCAAGAGAAUGCUCGAGGGUCAUCGCUGCACUUACAACGACCGGAACUCUUCAAUCUGCUUUCUUUUUGGAAGAAAAUUUGCUCCAAGUGCUAUGGAACCUCUUCUGCAUUUAGCACCAAAGUUUUUGGGCUUCUAA